GUUCGAAAAAUUUUCCGAUUUAUUUGGUCUGGUGGUCUAAAUCCAUACGAUUUAUAUCGUGAUUGUGAUUCAAAUGCGAAAUUAAACAAAGCUCGAAUACGCGCUGUGAAAUUUGGCCUUACCACUUCAACUUUUAGUUUGUUUAAAAAUAAUAAACCAAUGAUAAAGCAAAAAUCAUUGAAUAUCUCUGUUUUGUCUAAUUUGAGACAAACUACUUCGAUUGGCGGAGAUGUACCUUGUCUGAAUGAUUCAGCAUUCAUCCAAUAUAUGAAUAGGGCGGAAGUGCGCAAUGCGCUAUAUAUCCCAAAGCAUUUGUCUCGAUGGGAUGUGUGUAGCGAUGAGAUCACAAUGAGCUAUAAGAAAAUAUACAACGAUAUGGCACCUUUCAUAAAGGAAAUAAUCAACGGAGGCGUUAGAGUGCUAUUAUAUUAUGGUGACACUGAUAUGGCAUGCAACUUUAUUAUGGGACAACAAUUUUCUGCUUCACUCAAUUUACCGAAGAAAAAAAGUAAAGAACCAUGGAUGUUCAAUUCUCAGAUAGCUGGUUUUAAGACUGUCUACAAAGGUCUAACAUUCCUAACUGUUCGCGGUGCAGGACAUAUGGCACCACAAUGGCGUGCACCGCAAAUGCAAUAUGUCAUCCGGCAAUAUAUCAGCAAUCGACGCUUUUAG